AAACCCUAGUGCCCCAUUGAGCAAAGACACUCAGGGUGCUUAGGCUGAGCCAUGCUGAGGUUCGGCCCUGCCAUGCAGCUGCUCCAAGCCCCCCUCAAGUGCUGGGUGGUUUCCAAGGCCCACAUCUCUGCCAAGCCAGCCAGAACCCCUACUUCCCCUAUGGAGCAGGCAGUGGGGAUCUCAGCCAUAUUCAUCAGUUUCCUGGUUCCUGCAUGCUGGGUCUUGUCCCACCUGGAGAGUUACAAGAAGAGCUCUAUAGCAUGAAGACCCCAUAGCCCCACAGGACAGAGCUAUGAAAGAUCACAUUAAACCUCCUUCUUCGUGC